AUGGACCUAAGUGGUGUAAAAGUGCAGUCUCAUCAACUCGGUCAAUGGCUAGUUAAAACUACAGAGGCUCACAUUCUCAAAGCUUUGGGUGAUGAAAGAGAGCUGUUCGAAUCGGAAAUAGACUUGCCAUGUACUCCUGAAAUGUUAUUUUCAAAAAACUCAUUAUCCCUUUCUACCAGGCAAGGUGAAAGAGAAGCGAAGAUAGAAUUUUGUGCCCUUGACGCAUUGAAAUUAGUUGACAAAUGUACAAUCCAUGUCCAAGUUCCAGCCGCUAAGCAAUGGAGCAGAACGCACUCCCACAAAUAUUCCAUCCUAAAUCCAUUUGACUGGACCUUUUCCACAACCUACGAAGGCACCAUGAUCGGUGAUUGGCUUGUCCAAAGUACGCCUGAGGGUCUCGACCAGAAGUUCAUUCGGUCUCGUGACCCCAUCCUCCUUUUUGGUAACAUAAAUCUCUUCGAAGAUGAACUUGGGGACAACGGAAUCUCAUUGCUAAACGUCAAGAUCCGUGUAAUGCCAACAGGAUUCUUCGUUCUCCAGCGGUUCUUUUUACGAGUAGACGGCUGCCUAUUGCGUCUCUGGGAUACGCGCUUGCAGUGGAGACUAAGUGAUAAGUACAUCUUGCGCGAGGUGAAACGACUAGACAGCAAGAUGUGGACAUCCACAAUGGUCGGUGUGCAAGCCGACGAUGCGGAGCAACUAUGCAAGCACGUUGUGGAAUACAGAACCGAAAAACUCUUUCCAAGACUCCUCUAA